AUGACGAAUUCUUAUUGUUUAUUUCUAUCAAUCGAGAAAUAUUCAAGUCGAAGUUCUAAAGAAUAUAAUGAUUAUGUUAUUGAUUCAUCAUCAUUAAUGAUUCAAAUAGAUUUAUCAGUUCAAUGGGUAAAUGAAUUCUAUGAUAGCAAUGAAAUUUAUAAAAAUUUUAAUCGAAUGAAUGAAUUUAACAUUCGUCAAAAUUUAAUUAAAAAUGGUCUUAAUUAG